GAAGAAUGUGGUGUACAGUAGACCCGGUUCCAUGUUCCUACUUUAGGGCAGCCUCGGAUAUCUCAAUACCGCCAUCCUGUUGUUGUAAAAUCGGCAUUUUUUAUGUUCGAACAAGACGUACCUUUCCAAAACCUGGAACGAAAAGAUAAUACUUAAGAUCACGACAUAGCAAGUAUAGGAAUACGACUUUAAUUGCGACAUAUUUGGGACCAUUUUCCGGAGCCUGGAUGCUUUCAGAGCUGACAUUUCAUUCGGGAUUUAGACCGAAAAUAUUUUCUUAUCUUUGAACAUUUUACAUACAACCACCAAACCUUUAAUUCCUGCAGGAAUAGGUUUACGAAGAAACAUUGUAGCCUACCCCGUCUAAACGGCACCAGUUCUAGAACUAGAACCAGUUCCAGAACCAAUUCUAGAACCAGAACCAGUUUCAGAGAUACAUCUCUUCAAUUUGGAUCAGUAAACAUGAUUGGACUGAAGUACAAUGUGUCUCUACCCAUGGCUGCAGGGGCCCUGUUAGUGGGCAUCCCCUACUCCAUCUCUCUCGUGGCCCAGUGGAUGUAUGGCUGGCCGAACAAGCCUGGCUAUAAAAAGUACAUUGAGGCGCUGAAGCCAAGGAGGAUAUACUGUCUGACUAGAGCUGUGCUGGAGAUGCUGAAAUACUUCCAGUACGGAAAACUCUACUUCCAGUGGAAGUCCUGGUACAAGAAUGUAGAAAACCACAAGCAUUAUGAAAAGGGCAUCACGUUUGGUCGUCGUAGCAACCGGCUGGACUUGUACUAUUCUCCCACAGUGGCCCAGCCAGGCAGUGAGCAGGUGCCCGUGGUAGUGUUUAUAUACGGGGGAGGCUGGGGUUCAGGGGAGAGGUCCAUAUACUGUCUACUGGCCAUGCAGAUGGCUAAGGAGCUCAGCGCAACGGUGAUCUGUCCGGACUAUUGCACCUACCCAAAGGGUAAUGUUUUGUGUAUGGUUCAAGAUAUCGCCGACUGUCUCGUUUGGGCGAGGGAGAACGGCCAUAAGUUCAACUUUGACAAAGAUAACAUGGUGUUAAUGGGCCACUCCGCUGGGGCUCACCUAGCAGCUCUAACCGUGCUGUUCAUGGUCGAGGGACGAGACGAGCUCUUUAUAGAAGCCAAGAAGCAGACAGAGAUCACCAUGGCAAUCAGAGGAGUUACAGGUUUAAGUGGAGUGUACAACAUAAUGGACCACUAUGAGCAUGAACAGAUGAGAGCUGUGGAGUAUGUCUCUACAAUGCACAAAGCCAUGAACGGACUAGAGAACUUUCCUUAUUAUUCACCCACACACCUACUGAAGGAAUUCAGCGAGGAGCAACUGAAAAGAUUGCCACCUUUCUGCUUGCUGCACGGAACGAGUGACAUCAUAGUUCCGAUGGAAUCUUCCCAGAGGUUCUCUGAGCUGCUUACCUCCCUCUCGAUCAAGGUGUCCCUUUACCUCAUGCCUAAAAUGGACCACACCGAGAUUGUCACCGAUCUCAUGGCGACAGACAGGCACUUCUACAACACAGUGUACAGCUGCAUCAAACAGGAGUACAGCAAGUUCAUAGGUCAGGUCUGUCACUGCUGAGCGUUCUUCUAGACCGGUCUUCUGCACAACAAGGAAACUAACUUAACUUCAAUACAUUAUCCAUUCAUUCAUUCAUGAUGUGCCGCAAUUCUUCGUUUACAUCUUUUUUCAGUGCAUUAUUAUGACACCAUGAACUUACAGGGUUGAACCUUUUUGACUUAAAAACAUUUUGCAGUUUUAUCGCUCUGUUUUACUCUCAGUAAUGAUUCCUCUUCUUCCUCUGGUGUUUUACUGUGUGAUUGAUGAUAGUUCCUGCGAUUGUAAACAGACUGAAUGAUAUUUAUGAUAGUACCCUGAUCGUAAACAGACUGAAUGAUAUUUAUGAUAGUACCCUGAUCGUAAACAGACUGAAUGAUAUUUAUGAUAGUUCCCUGAUCGUAAACAGACUGAAUGAUAUUUAUGAUAGUACCCUGAUCGUAAACAGACUGAAUGAUAUUUAUGAUAGUUCCCUGAUCGUAAACAAACUGAAUGAUAUUUAUGAUAGUUCCCUGAUCGUAAACAGACUGAAUGAUAUUUAUGAUAGUUCCCUGAUCGUAAACAGACUGAAUGAUAUUUAUGAUAGUACCCUGAUUGUAAACAGACUGAAUGAUAUUUAUGAUAGUUCCCUGAUCGUAAACAGACUGAAUGAUAUUUAUGAUAGUUCCUGCGAUUGUAAACAGACUGAAUGAUAUUUAUGAUAGUUCCCUGAUCGUAAACAGACUGAAUGAUAUUUAUGAUAGUUCCUGCGAUCGUAAACAGACUGAAUGAUAUUGAUGAUAGUUCCUGCGAUUGUAAACAGACUGAAUGAUAUUUAUGAUAGUUCCUGCGAUUGUAAACAGACUGAAUGAUAUUUAUGAUAGUUCCUGCGAUUGUAAACAGACUGAAUGAUAUUUAUGAUAGUUCCCUGAUCGUAAACAGACUGAAUGAUAUUUAUGAUAGUUCCUGCGAUCGUAAACAGACUGAAUGAUAUUGAUGAUAGUUCCCUGAUUGUAAACAGACUGAAUGAUAUUGAUGAUAGUUCCUGCGAUUGUAAACAGACUGAAUGAUAUUUAUGAUAGUUCCCUGAUCGUAAACAGACUGAAUGAUAUUUAUGAUAGUUCCUGCGAUCGUAAACAGACUGAAUGAUAUUGAUGAUAGUUCCUGCGAUUGUAAACAGACUGAAUGAUAUUUAUGAUAGUUCCUGCGAUUGUAAACAGACUGAAUGAUAUUUAUGAUAGUUCCUGCGAUUGUAAACAGACUGAAUGAUAUUUAUGAUAGUUCCCUGAUCGUAAACAGACUGAAUGAUAUUUAUGAUAGUUCCUGCGAUCGUAAACAGACUGAAUGAUAUUGAUGAUAGUUCCCUGAUUGUAAACAGACUGAAUGAUAUUUAUGAUAGUUCCUGCGAUUGUAAACAGACUGAAUGAUAUUGAUGAUAGUUCCUGCGAUUGUAAACAGACUGAAUGAUAUUGAUGAUAGUUCCCUGAUCGUAAACAGACUGAAUUAUAUUUAUGAUAGUUCCCUGAUUGUAAACAGACUGAAUGAUAUUGAUGAUAGUUCCUGCGAUUGUAAACAGACUGAAUGAUAUUGAUGAUAGUUCCUGCGAUUGUAAACAGACUGAAUGAUAUUUAUGAUAGUUCCCUGAUCAUAAACAGACUGAAUGAUAUUUAUGAUAGUUCCCUGAUCGUAAACAGACUGAAUGAUAUUUAUGAUAGUUCCCUGAUCGUAAACAGACUGAAUGAUAUUUAUGAUAAUUCCCUGAUCGUAAACAGACUGAAUGAUAUUUCUGAUAGUACCCUGAUCGUAAACAGACUGAAAGAUAUUUCUGAUAGUACCCUGAUCGUAAACAGACUGAAUGAUAUUUUAAUAUAAUAGCUGCUGGAUCUGAUGAAGGAGAGAUACCAGGCAAACUAAACAUGCAUUUGACAUAUUUGACCUGCAGUAAGUCUGGUGUAUGAGAAUAUUGGUUUAUCUAGGAUGCCUGUGAGCUAUCCUAGAGGGCCCAGUAUACAGUAUAUCCAGACUCAGCCUUUAUAGAAAUAUCGUUAUAUGACGUAGCCAUGAUUUCCAAUGGGAGUCGUACCGUCAACGUCCCAUCCAUUUUCAUGGACAGAAAAGUUUCAGAUGAACUUUUUGAUUGGUCGAUGGAGACGUUGGCCAAUCAGACACACUCUGCACGGACCAAAAUGAAUCCCUUCUAAUUCUGUUUCCGUUCUCCACGGAUCAGUUUGGCCACGCCCUUAUAUAGCCUGCAUUAUGUGUACCAUGUGGAACCCUGAAUGGCCCCCUAUUCCCUAUUUGGUGCACUACAUUUGAUCAGAGUCCUAUGGGCAGUGCACUACAUAGGGAAUAGGGUACGGUUGGGACAGAGACUGAUAGCAGUUCUAUUGUAUAUUUUCUACUGAUAAUCUGCUGCAUUAAUAUGGUCAAACCAGGGCACAUCAAAUCAAAUCAAAUGUAUUUAUAUAGCCCUUCGUACAUCAGCUGAUAUCUCAAAGUGCUGUACAGAAACCCAGCCUAAAACCCCAAACAGCAAGCAAUGCAGGUGUAGAAGCACGGUGGCUAGGAAAAACUCCCUAGAAAGGCCAAAAUCUAGGAAGAAACCUAGAGAGGAACCAGGCUAUGUGGGGUGGCCAGUCCUCUUCUGGCUGUGCCGGGUGGAGAUUAUAACAGAACAUGGCCAAGAUGUUCAAAUGUUCAUAAAUGACCAGCAUGUUCCAAUAAUAAUAAGGCAGAACAGUUGAAACUGGAGCAGCAGCACGGCCAGGUGGAAGUUGAAACUGGAGCAGCAGCACGGCCAGGUGGACUGGGGACAGCAAGGAGUCAUCAUGUCAGGCAGUCCUGAGGCAUGGUCCUAGGGCUCAGGUCCUCCGAGAGAGAGAAAAAGAGAGAAUUAGAGAGAGCAUACAUAAAUUCACACAGGACACCGGAUAGGACAGGAGAAGUACUCCAUAUAUAACAAACUGAACCUAGCCCCCUGACACAUAAACUACUGCAGCAUAAAUACUGGAGGCUGAGACAGGAGGGGUCAGGAGACACUGUGGCCCCAUCCGAGGACAGCCCCGGACAGGGCCAAACAGGAAGGAUAUAACCCCACCCACUUUGCCAAAGCACAGCCCCCACACCACUAGAUGGAUAUCUUCAACCACCAACUUACCAUCCUGAGACAAGGCCGAGUAUAGCCCACAAAGAUCUCCGUCACGGCAUAACCCAAGGGGGGCUGCCAACCCAGACACAUUACCUUGUUUAUGGUCAACCCAGGGCACAUUACAUUAUCCAUUUUAUGGUCAACCCAGGGCACAUUACAUUAUCUCAUUUAUGGUCAACCAGGAGAACAUUACAUUAUCUUGUUUAUGGUCAACCCAGGGCACAUUACAUUAUCUUGUUUAUGGUCAACCCAGGGCACAUUACAUUAUCCAUUUUAUGGUCAACCCAGGGCACAUUACAUUAUCUCAUUUAUGGUCAACCAGGAGAACAUUACAUUAUCUCAUUUAUGGUCAACCAGGAGAACAUUACAUUAUCUUGUUUAUGGUCAACCCAGGGCAUAUUACAUUAUCUUGUUUAUGGUCAACCCAGGGCACAUUACAUUAUCUUGUUUAUGGUCAACCCAGGGCACAUUACAUUAUCUUGUUUAUUGUCAACCCAGGAGAACAUUACAUGAUCUUGUUUAUGGUCAACCCAGGGCACAUUACAUUAUCUUGUUUAUGGUCAACCCAGGAGAACAUUACAUUAUCUUGUUUAUGGUCAACCCAGGGCACAUUACAUUAUCUUGUUUAUGGUCAACCCAGGAGGACAUUACAUUAUCUUGUUUAUGGUCAACCCAGGGCACAUUACAUUACCUUGUUUAUGGUCAACCCAGGAGAACAUUACAUUAUCUUGCUUAAUUAAAUGUUAGGACAUCAACUAUAUAGUACAUCUGAUUAAAUGCAUUCAGUACAUUGUUCUACAGCGUUGGGGUCAAUUCCAUUUCAAUUCAGGAAGUAAACCAUUCAAAAGGAUUGAUGGAGGUAAUUGGAAUGUCAGGGUACUUCCUGGAUUGACCCAAAACCUUGUUACUGUAUUUAACAUGUUGAAUAUCUGCUGUUAAUAGUUAUGCAUAUUGGUUCAAUAAAAUUAUUACCAUGUGUAAAAUA